GGCUCUCUGGCCCUUUAAGGCGGAUUUUUCCGCCGUCGACCUGGGGGCGGGGAAAGCGUCGCGCUCACCAGGCGGUGGCCGCCUCCGGAGCACUCUGAGCGAGCAGAGAGCUGGGCGCGGGCGAGAUGGCCCUGGUGCCCUAUGAAGAGACCGCGGAAAUGGGGCUGCAGAGAUUUCACAAGCCUCUUGCCACCUUCUCCUUGGCAAACCACACGAUACAGAUCCGGCAGGACUGGAAGAAACUGGGAGUCGCAGCGGUGGUUUGGGACGCGGCUGUCAUUCUGGCCACGUAUCUGGAGAUGGGAGCUGUGGAACUCAGGGGCUGCUCUGCCGUGGAGCUGGGUGCUGGCACGGGGCUGGUGGGCAUGGUGGCUGCCCUGCUGGGCAUAAUCACACCAGCAGAGAAGAAUGGGAAAGGAGAUAACAGUAAGUUUUGGAGGCUGGAAAUGGAUGAAUGGUAAUGAACUUGGAAAACCUCAGAAGGCCAACUCAUGAGGCAGAGGCAGGGACAGACUGAUUUCUCCCACAAAGUCCUUAAGAGGCUCAGGAUCUAAGGCACCCCAGAAGGUAGAGUGAAAGGAGAGGCUGAAAAUAAGGAAGGCUGAUUGAAGGUCUUUGAAAAGCAAUUGGAUCCCCUCUUCAACUCUCUGUGGAAGAAUAACUAAUCUAUACCCUAUGCUGACAGAAAAAUGGAGGUUUAUUUUCUGGAUAGAAGGUUUCUUGACUGCCUAACACCAGGCACUGCUGAGGUGGGGUACUAAGUCCCAGUCCUCUUCCCUCGUCUGGCUCAAAGGUCUUUACCUAUAAGCAGAAGAUUAGUAAAGCUUUUCUCUGCGAACCUGACCAACACUUAAGGGAGAAGAAAGACUUAAGGAGAUAAUGACAGUGAGAUGCCACAAUCAUCCUACCGUGAAGCUCGUAACUCAUAGAUGUUAGGCCCCAAACAAAUCCACAGAACCUCCAAUACAGGUUUUUGGUUCCCUACUUUUAAGUGUAGGCAGAAAACCUCGAGUUACCAAAUAUUCAAGGAAAUCUUCUGAUAGGAAAGAUGGUGACCAAAACAGAUAGAAGGGAGAAAAGGUACAUAGAAAAACAUCUAUGGGGAGAGAAGAAAACUUAAAACUUAAUUAAUAUUAUCAGAGGUAAGAGAAAAUACUGCCUUUGUGAAACAUAAAGAGGAUGCUAUUAAAACAUAAAAGGACUAUUCAGAAACAAAGGGAACUCUUGGAAACAUGACAGCAGAAAUAAAAAAAAUCUGACAGAUUGGUUGAAAUGUGAAGUUGAGAAAAUCUCCCAGAAAGACAAAGAGACAGAAAACAGGAGAGAAAAGAUGAGAAAAUCAGAGAAACAGUCCUAUAGGUAUAACAUCUGGAUCACAAGAAUCCUAGAGAGAAAAGAGAAAGGAGAAAGAAAAAAAAAAAAAAAUCAUCAACCAAAUAAAGAAAUUGCCCAGAAUUGAAGACCGGAGAUUCCACUAAAAUAAAAGCCCACUGAAUACAACUGCACAAUGGAUGAAAACUGAUACAAACCAAGGCCUUGAUAAUGAAAUAGUGAAGCACUGUGAACAGAGAGAUUUUUACAAGAUAACAGAGAUACAAAGUAAGAAAUGGAUUUAGUCUUUUCAAACAGCAACACAAGAAGUUGACUGUGGAUCAAUGCCUUCAAAAUUUGAAAGAAAAAUUUCUUUACCAAGAAUUCUUCACCCAGUCAAACUUGCUCAAGGGACCACUGGAAACAAAAACUCCACAAGAGAAAGACAGUAGGAAGAAAGGAAUUUCCAGGAUGACAUUAUAUACUGGACGUGGAGGACAACCAGACCAGAAAAUGAUGUCCCAAGAGAUAGAUAUGUUGAGGGUUGUCACCACCAAGAUCCCUGCCAGUAUUGUAUCUUCUUUUUACCAGAGGGCUGAAUGUUUGGAUGAGCCCAGAUUCUUAUCUGUGCACAUUGGCCUUGACCAUGUGCUGAUGAAGUCCUGAUGCUCUUACCUUCGUUCCCGCACCUGCUUCAUCUUGAGUACUUUUACUUCAUCCCUAAAUGUAUUCUGCUUUGCCUUAUACCUGAGGGCUGGAGGUGGGUCCAGGUGAUCUUAGGAGAGAACACAAAGCAGCCCACCGCUUCUGACUACAUUGCUGCUGGAGGUCUGUUUGGCCCAUAUUUUAGCUCAGUGUGGUAACCACCUGUAGUUAGCCCUCUAUAUCCCAAGACCCAUUCUUGCUCAUGACUCCUCUAGGAGAGCUUUUAAACUCUUUGGGAAGCUGAAGCUCGACAUACCAGAGCCUUGGCUAGGAUUAUUUUCUUUUGGGAGCUUUCAUCUGAAAGAGGCAAUAUCACAUUUUCUUACCUAGCAGGUAAUUGUUCGCUAUUUGGUUUUUAUAUUAACCACCUUUCUCACUCAUAUAUAUGCCAACAAUUGUUAAUAAAACAUCUGAGAAAAAAUACACAAAAACAAAAAAUAAGGAUGAGAGAAUAUAACCUUAGAAUGCUUAAGACAAAGACAAAAUGAAAGAAUCAUGAAUCAUAUUUAAAAUAUACAGGGACAAAAACUAUCAUCCUUGAAAUUUACCUGUGUGUCAAUUUAUUUGCUUAUCCUAUUUUUUAGUUUAAGCACAUGUAAAUUUAGCCUUUCAGAUUAUCUGCAUUCCCAUGCUCCCAAAUAAAUCUAUAUGACAUGAAAAAAAAGCAGUUAUCAUAUUAGGUUUUCUUCCUUUGUUUAAGAGACAAUCUACCCAUCAGUUUAAAUGUAAUUAUUUCUGAAUCAUGUCACUACAAAUAGUGUUAGUGUUUAACAAUACAGUUUUCUGUUAUGUUACUGAAUCAAUACUAUCAUUUCUAAAAUUAGGCUAAUACUAAAUAAAUAGGAAUUUUGAUAUUCUAAGAAUGUUUCUGCUCAUUUUAUGUAUAUCUCUGUAAUAAAAACUAAGUUCUCUUGUUUAAAACAUAUUCCUCUUAGAAGAGACAACUUGGAAUCUCUCCAUGUAUU